GCGGCACCAUGAGCUCGUAUAGUUACGACCCGUAUUACACUCCGUACAAGCGCAGGGUGGUGGAGAGCAGCCCCCGGGUUCACAUCAGGAGCAGCUAUGUCUCUCCCAGCAGAACCACUUACUCUCCGCUGGUUUCCACCACUAUGCGCCGAAGUUACGCCACCUCUUCCUCCUCCUCCUCCUCCUUUUUGCCCAGCGUGGACACCAUGGACCUGUCGCAGGUAGCGGCCAUCAGCAGCGACCUGAAAAUCGUGCGCACCCAGGAGAAGGUGCAGCUGCAGGACCUCAACGACCGUUUCGCCAACUUUAUCGAGCGAGUGCACGAACUGGAGCAGCGCAACAAGGUCCUGGAGGCAGAGCUGCUCCUCUUGCGCCAGAAACACAACGAGCCCUCUAGGCUGCGGGACAUGUACGAAAAGGAAGUGCGGGAGCUGCGCCUGGCGCAAGAGGAGGCUUCUGGAGACCGGCAGACUCUGCGCAACGAGCGCGAACGUUUGGAAGACGCACUGCGCGUCCUGCAGGGGAGGUAUGAGGAGGAAGCGAUGAGCCGGGAGGACUCCGAGGCCAGACUCUUAGAUGUCAGGAAAGAGGCCGACAUGGCAGCCCUGGCCCGGGUAGAGCUGGAGAAGCGCAUGGACAGCCUCCUGGACGAAAUCGCCUUCCUGAAGAAAGUACACGAGGAAGAACUGUCGCAGCUACAGUCGCAAGUGCAAUACGCGCAGGUCUCCCUCGAAGUCGAAGUGGCCAAGCCGGACCUCAGCUCUGCCCUGCGGGAUAUAAGGGGUCAGUACGAGAAACUGGCCGCCAAGAACAUGCAGUCCGCCGAGGAAUGGUUCAAGUCGCGAUUCACCGUCCUGACGCAAAGCGCAGCCCGCAACACUGACGCAGUCAGAGCCGCCAAGGACGAGAUGUCCGAGAGUCGCAGGAUGCUCAGCGCCAAGGGACUGGAGAUAGAGGCUUGUAGGGGGGUCAAUGAAGCUCUACAGAGGCAGAUCCAGGAACUGGAGGACAAGCAGAGCGGGGAAAUCGCAGGAAUGCAGGAUGCUAUAAACAAAUUAGAGGAAGAAUUGAGGAACACCAAGAGUGAAAUGGCCAGGUAUCUGAAGGAAUAUCAAGACCUGCUCAAUGUCAAGAUGGCUUUGGAUAUAGAAAUUGCAGCCUACAGGAAGUUGCUUGAGGGGGAGGAGACCCGACUGAGUUUCUCUGGGGUCGGAGCCAUCACUAGUGGAUACACGCAGAGUGCCCCUGUUUUUGGCCGUUCAGCUUACAGUCUGCAGAGCAGCUCUUAUAUGACUUCCCGAGCAUUCCCUACAUACUAUUCCAGCCAUGUCCAAGAGGAGCAGCUUGACAUAGAGGAGACCAUAGAGUCUUCUAGAGCAGAAGAAGCCAAGGCAGAAGCUCCAGAGGAGGAAGAAGAAGAGGCUGCAGAGGAAGAGGGAGAAGGCGGAGAGGAGGCUGAAGAAGAAGGUGAAGAGGGGGAAGAAGCCAAGGAAGAGGAGGCUGAAGAAGAGGGAGGAGAAGAAAAAGAAGAGGAAGGAGAAGAGGGUGAGGGUGAAGCAGAAGCAGAGGGAGAAGGUGAGGAGGAAGGAGAAAGCAAAGGAGAUGAAGCUGCAGAAGAGGAAAGUGAAAAAAAAGAAAAGAAAAAAUAGAAUGUCAAAAGAAUAAUGGUUUCCCAGCUACUAGACCCGCCUUUCCAACCAAUCACCAUACUCCAUCCCUUCAUUACUUGAGUGAUACAGAGCACUCCACCCCUUAACACCUGCCCCCCCCCCACUGUCACCUAUGGUAUGGUUAGAUUAUCCCUCCAUGUUCAGCAUUUGGACACCAGCUUCAAGCAAACCAGCCCUGGCCCUUUCACCCCUCCCAGGUUUUGCAUGGUGAAAUAAGAGGAAGUCUUAGUUCUUGAUCCUCAGCGAAGGGUACAUGUGAGGCUGAUCCCUUUGUGGGUUGGUGACACAUUGUGUCUGAAUGCCAAUAGGCUGGCAGGGUUAUUUGAAUGUUCUCCUCUGUUCCCUUCUCCUAAUGACACCUUUAAAUCCUUUAUAAUGCUGAAGACUGGCACUGCAGGGCAAUAGAGAGCAGCUGAUGAAUGUAUUGGUGGCUUUUGUGGUCCCCUG